AUUUAAUUAAUCAAAUAACAAAUUGUUAAAAUGAUCAAUUCGAACUACUUCAGAUUAAUAUUGUUAGGUUAGUUUAGUUUAUUGAACAAUAUUUACUUUGAAAAUGCUUCAAAAAAGUAGAUUGCACAGUAUAUUCAUUCGCGGCUAUUGCGAUUACAAAAAAAGUUAUAUGACGCGGAAUUUGAAGAUGAAACACGGCUUGAAGAUUUCCAAAUAUUUCGAAUCCAUGCCCCACUUGAAGGAGAUCAAGGAAUUCAUCCCAAAGAAGUAUUUAUUGCAGAAGCGUCAAUACUCUGCUGAAAAUCUCUAUCUGAUAGAUUCGAAAAUAGCAAAGAGUAUAGUGAGGCAUGUCAUCCCUGCAAUUUGCAAUGGACCCCAAACUAUUUGUGAAACUGGAGCUGGUUUGGGGCUCAUCACCUCAGAGCUGUUAGACUGUAAAAUACCAUGUGUUAGGCUUUAUGAACCAUGUCAAGAUUUUAGGAUCACAUUGAGGGAUUUCAAUAGGGUUUAUCCAGGAAGGGUGGAACUUUUUGUUAAAGAUAUUUUCCAACUAACUAGAUUGUCUGGUAUGGACAAACUUGAUAGGAGCAAUAGAGUUGAUCAAUUAUUAAAAGGUGUCCCAAUAAAGGAAUGGAAACAUGGUCCUGCUAUGACAAUUAUUGGAACGAUGACGAGCAUAAGUUUUAUAACGUAUUUAAUGAAAAUGCUGGCUUUGCAAUCAGAAAUAAACACGCACGGAAGGAUACAACUUUUCACUAUAAUGAGACCAGGAGAUUAUGUUAAACUAUCCGCAGGACCGAGUAAUAAUUUACACACAUACCAAAGUUGGAGUGUAUUGUUCGAUUUAUUUUUCGAUCACGAAUUACUAGAAAAAUAUCCGCGUACAGCGUUUCUGCCUUGGGAGAUGAAAGCAAAAAUAACUAAUAAAACCAGAGUGAUAAAGAAAGUCGAUUUAGAGUAUAUGUAUUUUGUGAAAAUUAAUUUUAAGAAAGAACUACCUACAGAUAAUCAUCUGUUAUUACCAUUACACUAUUUUGUACGUCAGUUCUUUGGACGGGGAAAAAACAAAAUUAUUCCAACUUUGGAGAAAUGGAUUCCAGGUGUUGGUUUAAAUUUGCUGAUACCAAAAUUGGUGCAUAGUCAUUAUUACAACAAUUUAACUAUUUUUACUGAAUUCGGUGAUUUGACACCUCAAGAAAUCCUCGGACUUUUCAAGGAAAUGAUAAAUCACGAGGGUUACCAAGGCAGUUCAUUCGCUGCGAUGGUAGAAUCUGAGCUGUUGAAGUCUGAGACCCGAGAGACAUCAAUAAACGAUGACAUACCUUUCAACAAAGAUCUAAUAGAUGACCUAGAGGAGAAAAUAGAUAAUUAAAUAA